CUCGUCCAUUCGGUUAUAACUGCAGAGCAUCAGCACGAGCCCUACAGAAGCCAUGAGGACCCUCCUCAGCCUCCUCUUCUUCCUCCCCACAGUGUUGUCGUUGAGGUGCUACGUGUGCAGCUCGUCCCCUACCAAUGAAGAAUGCAACCAGAACAAUCAGACAUGCCAGGCACCGCUCGACACAUGCAUGACCAUCGUCGACUCUUUUGGCAACCAGAAGGCCAUAGUGAAGCAGUGCGCCAGCAAGGCAACGUGCAACGGAGCUGCCGCCACAGCCUCGGUCGACGCCAACGGAAACGGCAACACUGUGAACUGCUGCAGCAGCAGCAACUUCUGCAACUUCAGCGGGGCCGGCACCCUUCACCUCCACGCCGUGUUACCGGCUCUAUCCGUCUGUGUACUGCUGCUGGUUUUACACUGAGGCCCACGGGAUAUAUGCAGACACGGUCAAUAGCGAAGCCGGGGGGGGGGCUUUCCUGUAAUUUGCACGUACUACUGGUGACCCUAAUCUCUCUGACCCUGUUUACACUUGGUUUUAAAACACGUUUUGGGCGAUCGGCUCACAAGUGACCAGCGAGACACAUCACGCCUGUGUCUAUCAUGCGUCUCCAAACGCGUCCUGCUGAAGGUGAUUUCCUUACCGCUACGUCACUUCCGCUACGAAGUCAAAGGGCCUCAGUCGAGCGCCAGAUUUGCCGACUAGCUGUGAAAACAAGUUUGAAGAUGUUUCAAGCACUAAUAUACAUGUACGGACUAUUCCAACUGUUUAGAUUGACAGGACAAGGUCAUUUGUACUCCAACCACGUACUCGCCUCUCUCGCUCUCCAUUUUUUCGAAAGUUGUUACCAAAACAACCACCACAUCCUGCAUUGAUGACGUAUUUCCUGUUACGGCCGUGUCGGGGACGCGUCGGAACGCGUUAGCGUUUACACUACAAAAUAUACGUAUAUGGUCAAAUGCGUCCCGGACCACCUCGGCAAGUGGUUUGAGUAACCGGUUCACAAAACGUUUUGGUGGUCGUUUCCACUUGUAUUUAGCGCUGUCCACUUGUGAUCCGAUCGCAAAAAACACAUGUUAAAACCAAGUGUAAACCAAGUGUAUGUUGUAUCUCUCCGAGUCUAAGCACUUACAAAAAAAUAAAAAAAAUCAGAAAAUAAUAAAGCUAUGGUAUGCGCCAUGCUAGGAAGGCAAUAGCGGUAGUUACCUGAGUGAGUUUUGGAGAUAGGGUUAUCAUCAUGGUGACAAUCCUAUCACCAAUUCUAAUACAAUAUUAAAAUGGCGUUAAUGGUGACCUUAACGUGACCCCAUUUCCAGGUGGCUGCCCUGUUUUGGAAAUGAGCCUAUUUACGUGUAAAUGAGGUACGAGUGAAUGGGAAAACUAUGACAUGGCGUGAAUGAUUAAACUAAGAAUAUAUACACACACUGUAAAUACCCAAGUGUACGAUCGCCAUUGUUCUGAUGGAUGUGCUCAAAUAAAGCUGCACAUGGAUAGAAAUAUUAAGAGGUUGUUUAAUAUUUUGGCAAUAUUUUAUUUCAUCUUUUUUCCUUCCUAUUUGACAAGGUGGUGGACUUGACAAAGACAAAAUAAAAACCAGUGUUUACUAGUAGGAGUCCUGUACAGUUUACCGGUGAGACACACCCAGUAUACCUCACAAUAUACCAACAUGGGUGGAUUUACACAACACCAACGAGAAAAUGGACAGAUCCCUUUGACAUUUUCAUUGCUGGCUAAACAUGUAAAUCAAAGCUGUGUCAGAGAGGCUGAAAAAAAGAGAGAAAAAAAAACCCAACUUAUUUUUGCCCUUGUGCAAAUCCACUCUUAUUCAUGUCAGCAUAUUACACUAUACCAGUAUGGUCGCCAGUACAUUUCAUAUAGCAGUAUGUGUAAUACUCCGAGUUUUCAACAGUCGGUAUUAACAAAGAGACAAGUGUCCUGUGUGGCUUUAUUUUUUAUUUAGUGUUCUGUCUGCCAGAGAACAACCAUUCCAGUUGGGUGGGUCCACAUUUCCUAUGUGUGUGUGUGUUUUUUAUUCUUCGGGGACCAUUCUGCAAGGUGAUGCUAGAGGGGGACAGCUUCAAAGUGUGACACCUGACAGAAACUCAAAACAAUGGUUACAGUCGUGUGGUGUCCACAUAUUUUGUGUGUGUGUGUGUGUUUGUGUGUUUGCUCCCCUGGGGGCUCUUCUAUGUGCAACACGAGUAGGGUUUGGGCGGGGGGUUGGUGAAACCGGGGUUUAAAAGUGUGAACCAGUCAGUCUCUCAGUUUGCAGUCGGGACUCGGAACGACUGCAGGGUUGUGGUAUCGUCGGUUGGGAGAGGAAACGAGGAGCAGACAAUGUCAUCACAGGUGGAGAGAACAGGAACGCCGAGAUCAGCGCCCAAUCUGGGACGUGUGACGUGAGAGCGACUGAACAGGCGUACCCCCUGUACCCGCUGCACGUGUGUUAUACCCCCUGUGAUUUUAAGCAGCGGUGACGACAUUGUCCACUUCGUCUCCUUAACCGAAACUACAGUGUGUCCGGCCAGUCACUCAGUCAGCCUGCAUAAUCAGAAUCCAACUGGGUUUUCUUUUGUUUUUCCUUUCCUUUUUUUCUUUCGCUCAUCAGAGUCAACGCCGAGAUUAAAUAUCUGUGCAGCCAUGCACCACAGCAAAUUGAAUUCAAUCCGCUAUAUUCCAAAAUUCCGUCAGAUAUUUUCAGAUGGGAGGAGCAUGAUCUUGACUGCCCGAGUUGUGCCAGUCCACACGAAAAAAACAAAACAACAACCAUAGAACCAGGGUAUAAAAACAGAAGACUGGAGAACUAUGUCUGAAGGGUCCUGUAUGCAGCAUCUACGAGACAAAUGUCUUUACAGUUGGAGUUCUGAGUAGGAAACCUACAAAGAUAAGAAAUGAGG